UGUGAAGCCUAUUUAUUUAGCUCAUUUUACAAGGACAAGCUAAAUAAAUCCUCUCUUGCAACUCUCAUUUUUAAACAUCGCCCAAUUUUGAGGCUGACACUCCAGCUCCAUGAUAUAAACAAAGCAAGAUUCAGCCCAUUGCAAUAUGUCCUAUUGCUUCGUGAUGGAUGAGAAUUCACUCCUUACCCCAGAUGAGAUGCAGGCCCUAAGUCGGGGGAGUAGUAGACUCAGGCCUACAACUUUCAUUCUAUGCAUCUUUACAGUUCUUCUUGCAACUCUGUACGGAUGCGCAGCUUCUCCUGGUUCAGUAUUACCAGGCCAAAAGGUUCUUCAGUCAGAUAGCACGCAGCUCCGAGUAUUCCAGGUAUACAAGGCGGUUGCCAGUGAACCGCCGCACCAAGUUCCAGGAGGCGGAUGCAACACGGAACUUCUAUUGAUGAGACAUGAGUUUGGUUUUAGCUAUGGCCAUCCGUUUGUGGGAAACUAUGUCCCUCCUCAAUGUGAUUUCGACACUGUAAUCAUGACCAUGACUGUUACAUCAAAGGGCCGCCAGUUCGACAGACUCGCGCUUAUGUUUCUCGGAGAUAUCGAAGUAUUCCGAACAUCGACUGCAGAGCCCACACCUAAUGGUAUUAUUUGGACCUAUGUCAAAGACAUGUCACUCUACAAAGCGCUCUGGACGGAGCCUCAAAAGCUAAUUUUUGAUCUUGGGAACCUAAUCGACGACAUAUACACCGGCCUAUUCGAUGUGACGUUAACAGCAGUGUUUUCUUUGCAGCUUCAUGAUAUUCGAACGGCAGAUAUUAUUCUCCCUAUCUCCGCACGGCGGUCAGCAGAGGAUUCUCCAAGUGCCUUCAAUAUUCCGGAAGAUAACGCAACUGUGACACAUGUCGUACCCAACGAUGCUUCACGGGCGGUCGUGUCCAUAUCUGCCUGUGGUCAGUCUACGGAGGAAUUUUGGUAUAGCAAUGUUCUAUCAUCAGACAUAUAUACGUUUAACAAAACAACAGGACCACUCUACGGUCACUCCCCUUUUCGGGAGGUACAGCUUUUCAUAGAUGGCCAAAUGGCUGGAGUUGUAUGGCCCUUUCCAAUCAUUUUCACUGGGGGGAUUGCUCCUGGUUUUUGGAGACCAAUAGUUGGGAUUGAUGCUUUUGAUCUCCGCGAGGCAGAAAUAGAUAUUACCCCAUUCUUGCCGCUGUUGACUGAUGGCCAAGCUCAUUCCUUUGGGAUAAACGUUGUUGGUCUUGGAGAUAUUAAAGAUGGAGUUGCAGAGAACUCAGAAACGGUGGGAUCUUACUGGGCCGUAACAGGGAAGAUUUUCAUUUAUCUUGGUGGGGAGGUGACGGUUAAUGAUUCCGUAAUAAAGGGGGGCAGCGAUUCCGGGCCGGUUACUUUGACGAAGUUUGCGUCGAAUAUUACACAUGAAUGGCAGCAGAAUCCAGCCACGGGCAUGAAUGAAUCUCUGUCGUAUACGGUUCAAAUUUAUAGGUCACUAAGCGUCACAUCUCCCUCUUCGCGUUGGACUCAAAGCCUCACUUUUUCCAACUCCGCGUCCCUUUCCGAUCAAGGUCGGGCGCAAUUGACUAAACAGGUGACAAAUGCUGCGUCAGAGUCUCUUGAUUUUAUGAGUGAAAAGGAUAUCAUUGUUAGCAAAACAGCCAGUUCCUAUCCACUCGAGGUCCACUCAGUGUAUCGUUCCGGCGUUAGCGGUCUAGAAAUCAACGCCUCGAUGUCUCGCGGUUUGCAGUUCUACUACCAAAGUGAUUUCAGUUAUUAUUCCCCUUAUACCCUCACAACGGGGCCAUCCCAAUUCGAUGCGACGCAGUUUGGCAAAGCCACGUAUCAGUCCAUGUCCGGCAGUUCACGGUCCACAGGCGAUACCACAGAGGUGUUCAAAGAGAGUUCAGCGGGGGUCACUUACGACGUAAGAGUCAGGGCGGUUAAUGGAACUGUUCUCCAAGGAUAUGACCAGUCUCCAGGAUUGCACCAGUCACCAGAUCAAGAUGGACCCCUGGGCAGAGAGAGUAUCAAAGCAAUGUUAGGCAGAGGCCCAGGGAGGAAGAGGCCCUGAGCAUUCCUCUAAGGACUGGGAGGAGCCGCUGGUUAUUAUUAGUUUUGUUGGUUGUUCAGACAUGACCUGACUGCGUGAAAAUCAAGAUAUUAUUCAUCCAUGGCUCAAAUUCAUUCCUCUCAUGCUUUUCUAGGCCGAGGUCUGGCUUGAAAAAUGUCCGCCAAGCAUGAUUCCGGAUACUAUUGGUUGCGCCCGGUCGUAAGUAAAGUUCGAUGCUAUAUCGCGAUCUGGAAUAGCAUCGACCACCACGAAAAUGACCCAAAGUGCGGCGAAGAGCAAAUAACGGACAUGACCCAAGCUCCCCAGCAUGACUCUUACUCGCAAUGAUGGGGGUACGUGGAUAUAUUAAUUACAACGGAAACAAGAUAGUUAGUUAAGUAUUGAAAUCUCGAGUGCUGCGAAUGGGUUUUUGAAAACGUGGCGAGGGGUAACACGAGUUCGAUGGGGAGGACUCCGAGUAAAAAGAUAUAAAAUCUAUUUUAAAAGUCUCAGCCAAUGAUAGACAG